AGGUAGUGAUGAACGGAAGAGAGAGAGGGAGAGUGAGCGCCAGGGCAAGUAGCUGAAGUGAACACUUUAUUCUCUCUUCAAUUCGGGGCUUUCAUUGGCUACAAAGGACUAGGAUUUGAAGGAGAAAGUUCUACCAACAACCAUCCACCUCUUCAAAACUAUUUCUCACUUCCAUGGCGCUUUGCAUUGCUUCCCCUCUCCAGAAAACAGAAAAAGGAACCAUUUUUCGUCACUCCUUGAGCUAAUCUCCUCUUCCAAUCCCCCCAACUUACUUGGCUUCGAUCCCUAAGCUCUGGAAUCGUGAAACAGAAACCAUUUCAGGCAGAAAAGCGGCUCAUUUCCUCUUUAUUAAAGCGGAUCAGGAAGCAAUCCUGUAUAUCACCUAGUUCUUCUAAUACGACAACCCAGAAAUCAUAUUUGCCCAUAAGGGGAUUCUCCUCGUCUUCCAUAAAAACACCUCCUUUGGCAUCCUCUCUCUCUCUCUCUCUGCAACUAUCCUAUUCCAACCCAAAUGCCUCUUUCAUUUCACACUGAUUAGGCCGAAGGCGGUCAAGAUUGUUCAGAGACAAUGAGAGAUGGGAAUUCUAAGAAAAGCAAGCUUUCAUGGUCCAAAUCUCUUUUUCGGAAAUGGUUCAAUCUCAAGGGCAAAGCUCAGGACUUUCACGCCGAUGAUGUUGUCAGAAGAGGAGGUAGUGGAGAGUGGAGGAACAGCUUCACAGAGAGAAGUUUAUCUUCUGUAAGAAGAAGUAAAACAGAGAGACUAUCCAAGAUGAACACUGAUCGAUAUCAGCGAGGAAAGAUUGAUUGUGAUGUAUCAGAAGUCACAGAAACUCAAGAAUACAGGAUCUUUGCUGCAACUUGGAAUGUUGGUGGUAAAUCCCCACCAAGUUAUUUGAAUCUUGAGGAUUGGCUCCAUACGUCUCCUCCUGCAGACAUAUAUGUUUUGGGGUUUCAGGAAAUAGUUCCGCUUAAUGCCGGGAAUGUUCUCGGCGCGGAGGACAAUGGCCCGGCUAAGAAAUGGGUGGCUCUCAUUCGAAAAACACUCAACAAUCUUCCUGGCACAAGUAGUAGCAGUAGCUACCAGACACCUUCCCCAGUACCUGAUCCAAUUGUGGAGCUUGAUGAUGAUUUUGAGGGCUCAUCAUCAUCCCAUCAAAGAAAUUCAUCUUUUUUUCAUCGCCGUUCGUUUCAGUCAUUGAGCCGUAGCCUAAGAAUGGAUGGCGACAUUCUUGCUCCUCAGCCUAGAUUAGAUCGAAGACAUAGCGUGUGCGAGCGCGUUAUGUUUGGGAGCAGACCGAGCGAUUUCGAACCCAAUUUUCGAUGGGGUAAUGGCUCUUCUGAUGAAGAGAAUGUCAUCGGCGAUUCACCGACCACUGCUUACUUUUCUCCAAUGUCUUAUGGUUAUGGUGCUUCCUCAUCCAUGGAAGAAAGGGAUGCGUCGAUCGGAUUUUCUCGGUAUUGUUUGGUUGCAAGUAAGCAAAUGGUUGGGAUUCUUCUUAUGGUAUGGGUUAGGAGUGAAAUACGUGAUGAGGUUAAGAACAUCAAAGUCUCUUGCGUCGGGCGAGGAUUGAUGGGAUAUCUUGGGAACAAGGGUUCGAUCGCGAUUAGCAUGUCAUUGCACCAAACAAGCUUUUGCUUCGUCUGCAGCCAUUUAACUUCGGGUCAAAAGGAGGGCGAUGAAUUGCGGAGGAACUCUGAUGUAAUGGAGAUUACUCGUAAAACGAGAUUUCCAAGAGUCAAUAGAAUUGAUGAUGAAAAAUCUCCUGAAUCGAUCCUUGAACAUGAUCGAAUAAUAUGGCUCGGCGAUUUGAACUAUCGGAUAGCUCUCUCUUAUCGCUCGGCAAAGGCUCUUGUAGAGAUGCACAACUGGAAAGCAUUAUUGGAGAAAGAUCAGCUUCGAAUAGAGCAAAAAUGUGGCCGAGUCUUUGAUGGAUGGAGUGAAGGAAGAAUUUACUUUCCACCCACAUAUAAAUAUUCAAACAACUCGGACCGAUAUGCUGGAGAUGAGUUGCAUUCGAAGGAGAAGCGACGCACGCCGGCGUGGUGCGAUCGCAUACUAUGGUACGGAAGAGGAUUAAACCAGCUAUCCUACGUGCGGGGAGAGUCAAAGUUCUCGGACCACAGACCGGUCUAUAGUAUUUUUGUUGCGGAAGUCGAAUCUAUAAAUCAUAGCCGAAUCAAGAACAUGAGCUUCCCGAGCUCACGAGUUGAAAUUGAGGAGCUUCUCCCAUACUCACAUGGAUAUGCAGAGCUUGGUUUUUUCUGAAAGGACUUCAGCCGAGAAAUAAAAAUGGAGGAGCUUAUUCAGUGCCAUGAUGUUUCAUAAUCUGAAGAGUGGCCAAUUUACACAGACUUCUGCACAUUUCAUUGAAAAUCAUAAUCAAAGUUCUACCUACUGAAAAAGCUCAUAAUUUCCUUUUUUUUUUAUUACAUUUCAUCUGUUCAUAGCAAUAUUUUUUCUAUGAUUCUUCAUGUUAAAAGCAGUGUUUUCUAUGUGAUAAUGGAGGCUAAAU